GAAAACCAGAGCCUAGAGCGUAACUGCAUGUAAUCAUUCCUGACAAAAGAAUGCAACUUCUUCUGACCCUUGUUUUACACCUUGGGUGGCUCCGUUACUCGAAAGCUCGAGAUGAAUGCGACACGGGUGCCUGUCAUCCUUCCCCUGGUGAUCUCCUCGUGGGCCGCAUUUCCCAGCUCACAGUGUCUUCUACCUGCGGGUUGAACAGAGCCCAGAAGUACUGCAUCCUCAGCUACCUGGAGGGAGAACAAAAGUGCUUCAUCUGUGACUCCCGGUUUCCAUACAACCCACACACCCAGCCCAACAGCCCCGAUAUUGAGAAUAUAAUUACAAGUUUUGAACCAGACAGAGAAAAGAAAUGGUGGCAAUCUGAAAAUGGUGUUGACCACGUGAGCAUUAGGUUGGCCCUAGAGGCGCUAUUCCAGUUUAGCCACCUUAUACUGACCUUUAAGACUUUUCGGCCUGCUGCAAUGUUAGUGGAGCGAUCCACGGACUUCGGACACACCUGGAAAGCACUCAAAUAUUUCCCACAAGACUGUGCUGCCUCCUUUCCCAACGUCCCACCUGGCCAGGCCCAGGGAGUGGGAGACCUUGUUUGUGACUCCAGAUAUUCUGAUAUUGAGCCUUCAGCUGGGGGCGAGGUUGUUUUAACAGUGUUGGAUCCCAGCUUUGAAAUAGAAAACCCUUACAGCCCCUACAUGCAGGACCUUGUGACGCUAACAAACCUGAGGAUAAACUUUACCAAACUCCAUACCCUGGGGGAUACUUCAUUUGGAAGGGAGCAAAACGACUCCCUGGAUAAAUACUACUAUGCGCUGUACGAGAUGGUUGUUCGGGGGAGCUGUUUCUGCAAUGGCCACGCCAGCGAAUGUGGCCCCGUGCAGAAGGUGCAGGGAGACGUUUCCAACCCUGCCGGAAUGGUCCACGGCCGCUGUGUCUGUCAGCACAACACCGCCGGCCCCCACUGUGAGCGGUGCAAGGACUUCUUCCAGGACUCUCCGUGGGGGCCCGCCGUGGGCCAGGGGGACAGCGCCUGCCGACCCUGUGACUGCAACGGCCACUCGGAGCGCUGUCACUUCGACCCAGCUGCGUACCUGGCCGGCGGCGUGAGCGGCGUGUGCAAGGGCUGCGCUCACCACACGGAGGGUGCGCACUGCGAGCGCUGCCGGCCGCUCUUCUACUGGGACCAUCUCAGGGCCGCCUCUCACCCUCGCGCCUGCCUGCCUUGUGAGUGUGACCCUGAUGGGACCGGCCUUUGUGUGAGCCACUCUGAUCCUGCCUCGGGCACUGUGGCCGGCCAGUGCUUGUGUAAGGAGAACGUGCUAGGAGCCAAGUGCGACCAGUGCAAGGCCAACCACUACGGACUGAGCGUCUCAGACCCCCAGGGCUGCCAGCCCUGUGACUGUGACCCCUUCGGGAGCCUGGCACUCUCGGCUUGUGGCGCGGAUACAGGGCAGUGUUCAUGCAGGGCCUUUGUCACCGGACCACGCUGUGAAGAGUGUGCCGUUGGAUGCUGGGGGCUGGGGACUCAUCUCAGGAAUUGUUCUCCCUGCGACUGUGAACCUGGAGGGGCUUCUGCUAACACGUGCCCACCCAACGAUGGUCAGUGUGAAUGCCGCCCCCACAUUGUUGGCCGAAGCUGCACCGAACCUGCCCCCGGCUACUUCUUCCCUCUCUUGAAUUUCUACCUCUGUGAGGCAGGGGAAGCCACACCGCUCCAGGGACUGGCGCCUUUGUUUCGUAUCUCUCUUGGCCAGGUGCCGCGGGUUCACAUUGUUUUCCGAGACCCUGUUCCUGGGAAGCCAGUUUCAUGGACCGGAUCUGGAUUUGCCAAGGUUCUCCCUGGGGCCGGCUUGAGAUUUGCUGUCGACAACAUUCCUUUUCCCACGGAUUUCACCGUCUCCGUCCGCUACGAAACUCAGUCUGCAGCUGACUGGGCUGUCCGGGUGGUGGUCACGCCCCCAGGAGGGAGCUGCUCCUGCGCACACAAGACUCCAUGGCCCAAGCCUCUAACCUUUGCCUUACCAGCAGGUGCCAGAGUCGCGCUGCUUCCCACACCUGUCUGCUUAGAGCCAGGCAUGCGGUAUUCCAUCGAUGUCUAUUUUUCUCAGUCUCUGGAAGGAAAGUUCCACACUCACUCCCAUAUCCUGGUGGAUUCUCUCGGCCUUAUUCCCCAAAGCGGUUCCUUAGAGGCGUCCUGCAGCCAGCAGGCCAUGGCGGAGGAUCAACUGAGCAGCUGUGUUGAAGCCGCCGCGGAAGUGGGGCCUCGGGCGCUCCCCGCGGCGUGUGAUCGGCUGGUCACCAGCAUCUCGGCCAAGCUGCACGAUGGCGCGCUGGCCUGCAAGUGCCACCCCCAGGGUGCGGUUGGGUCCCACUGCAGCCCCCUGGGAGGCCAGUGCCAAUGCAAACUCCACGUGGCUGGGCGCUGCUGUGACAGGUGCUCUGUGGGGAGCUAUGGUUUGGGACAUCACGGCUAUCACCCAUGCAACUGCCAUCCUCAAGGCUCAGAGAACAUGGUGUGUGACCAAAUAACCGGUCAGUGCCCCUGCCAGGGAGAGGUGGCCGGCUGCCACUGCGAUCAGUGUCUGGCAGGCUACUUUGGAUUUCCCAGCUGUCACCCUUGCCCUUGUAAUGGGUUUGCUGAACUUUGCGAUCCAGAGACAAGGUCGUGCUUCGAAUGCAGGGGCUUUACAACCGGAAGAAACUGUGAAAGGUGUGUCGAUGGUUACUAUGGAAACCCUUCUUUAGGACAGUCCUGUCGUCCUUGCCAGUGUCCAGAUGUUCCCUCGAGCAAUCAGUACUUUGCCCAUUCGUGUCAUCAGAAUCCCGGGAGCUCAGAUAUAACCUGCAGCUGUCUGCUGGGUUAUACAGGUACUCAGUGUGGGGAAUGCGCCCCUGGUUUCUAUGGUAAUCCACAAGUUCCUGGGGCCCCUUGCCAGCCGUGUGUCUGCAACAACAACAUAGACGUAACUGACCCAGAGUCCGGCAGCCGGGUGACAGGCCACUGCCUUCAAUGUCUGCACAAUACCCAGGGCCCAAACGGCCAGCUCUGCAAACCAGGUCACUUCGGCUCCGCCCUCAAUCAGACCUGCAAAACAGAAGAAGCAACUCUCAGAUUCUAUAUUAUGAAGUCACUCCUGUCCCCAUUUGCUUUCUGGACCCUGUGGAAGGAAGUCACCAUGCGCAACCCGCACUUCAGGGCUGGGAGCAGGCAGUGUACUCGGGAGCCCCAAGCCCGUCACGCUGUCCUGACACUCGGUGGUACCAGGGUGGUGGCUGGCCUGGCCGUGGGAAUCCUCCUGCGCCUCUGCACAGCUCUUGCAGGCCAGUGUCUGUGCAAAAUAGGCUACGGUUGCUGUGGUGAGUGCAGGGAGAAUUAUCACGGGGAUAACUGUUACCCGUGCAACUGCAGCAGGGAGGGAACCCAGAAGCCCUUCUGUGACCCCGUCACAGGCGCGUGCCACUGCCGGGAGGGAGUCAGCGGCCAGCGGUGUGACCGCUGUACGGGCCGCGGCUGGGAAUUCCCUACUUGCCUUCGAUGUCACGUGUGCUUCGAUCGGUGCAACCUCGUCACUUCUUCCCUCUCCGAAGCAGCGCAAGGGUUGAUCAGACUGGCAGCUAGUGUGGAAGUCGGCUGUGAGGCUGGUUCCAAAGGCCUCGAAGAGAGCAUGGCUGACAUAACGAGGAUUUUGGAACAUCCUGUUUUCUCAUCGGGAGAACUCCUAGAAGUCAAGGAUUACCAUAACUCUGCGAGGAAACAGAUCAUGCAGCUAAGUGAACAACUGAAAAUAGUGCAUGAAUUUCAAGAUCUGGCAGAAACCACAGUAAGACUGAGGAAUGAAACGGAUCUCUUUCUUGAAUACCUUCAGCAGGAGAUACAUUUGCAAUCCAGUGCCCUGAAUGCAAGCUUCGUGGAUCGUUCAGAAAACAUUAGGAAGUAUUAUCACAUAUCAUCAUCUGCUGAAAAGAAAACUAACGAAACUACCUCCAUCAUAAGCAACUCUAACAAUACCAGGAUUGACUUGCUCACCAUUAUGCAUACAUUGACUUUAAAAGAAAACUUGUUGGAGAAAUUAAAGCGGAUUAAAAUAACAGAUAUCCAAAUUUUGAAUGAAAAGGUGUGCGGAGGACCAGGAAACUUGCCGUGCAGCCUCUCGCCCUGUGGGGGCGCUCUCUGCACGGGCCCCGGCGGGCGCAAGCGUUGUGGCGGGUUUAGCUGUCAAGGCGCCCGGACCCUCGCGAGCGACGCGCUCCGAAAGGCCCAGGAGGCGGAGUCUGUGAGUCAGAACCUGCACAACCAGGCUCAAGGGCUGAAGAACGGGAUAAAAAAUAUAAGUAAACUGACAGAAGUCUCCAAAAACAAUGCCAUACAGCUAAGUGAGAAACUGGAAAAUAUGAAAAACCAAAGUGAAUCCGAAGAAGAAAAAAUGAAUCUUUUCAUCAGAAAAGCCAAAAACUUUUUGUUAGAGGAGAAAGUGCCUCCGGAGGACAUUCAGAAGGUUGCAAAUGCAAAUCGUGUUCUUGACAUCCACCUACCAAUUAUAUCACACAAUCUGACCCAGGAACUUGAGUAAAUACAGAAACUUAUGCAACUGUAUGAGAACCACAGGGCAGAGAAGAAUGGGCUGAAUAAAGCAACAGUUGGAGCCCAGAAGCUUUUGGAGAAGGUGAAAGUGGCUGAGAAAGCAGCAGAUGUUCUCUUAAACCACCGUGACAAAGCACUGGACAAGUUGCAGCAAGCACAAAUCACUCAAGGAUGGGCCAGCUCUGCUGUCACACGGCUGAAGGCUGAGAUAACACGAAUGAAAAAGAAUGCACUGCAGGCUGAAAACCAAGCCAAGGGAGUGAAGAAUAAGCUGGACUUAGCAAAGCACCACCCAGAGCUGGAGAGGGGACUCGCCCUGCUGCAGACCAAAUGGCAAAGGAGCCGAGCCCAGGCGGGCAGGGCCAUGGAGCAGGCAGAGUCAGACCAUCACCAAGCUGAGGGUACCAGGAAGGAGCUGGUUGAGCUGAGAAAACAGUAUGCUUUGCUUCAACAUGAGAUCAGUGCUGCAGGACUCGUGAAGGAAACAUUAGAAAGAGUGAAACAGCUAAAAGAUGCUGCAGAAAAACUGGCAGGAGAGACAGAGGACAAGGUGAAAAGAAUAGCAGAUUUAGAAAAGAAGAUACAAGAUUUGAAAAUAAAUAGAUGAGAAAAAGCUAAUCGACUGAAACAAUUAGAAGACCAAGCCAUUGCCAUUAAAAAUGCAAUUGUUGAGCAUGAAAAUAAAUAUACCACCUGCUACAGUUAGGCAGGGCUACACGCAAAGGCCAAGCCCAUGUGUCCAACACAAACCGUCCAGCUGUGCUGAGCUUGUGAAAUCCAAAGGUGGCUUCUCCUCCCUCUUCUCCCACCAUCCUGUCUUCAUUGCAGCCCUUCCCAGUGUGGCGGGAGGAAGGGACCGGGGAGAGAAAGGCCACUGACAGCGCCUCUCCAUCACAGAAAGAGGGAAGGAAAGAGACAUCUCAGUUUCAAAAACCUUCCCUCUUGACUCUUUUCUCUUUCAAAACUUAAAAAUUACUGGUGUAUGCCAGAGAUUCAGCUCAGUGGUUCC